AUGUCCGACCCAGCCCAAGUCACCCGUUCGCUCUCCACCAUCCGCACCGAGCUAGACUUCCUCGCCUCCUCCGGUAUCCUCCUCCCGCCACAAUAUCAGUCCAUUCAAGCCCAACUGCCCCAAAACGGCCAGCCAUCCGGCUACAUCGACCCGAAAUACGUAUCUGGCAGAAACCAGUUCAACCCCGCGUUAGUCGCGCAGCAGGCGCAGGAUCCGAAUAAUCCUGCGCAUCCGGGACAUCCUAAGCAUCACGAGUGGGCGAGUAAAUUAGCGCACAAGUUUGGGAAUGCGGCGGUUAUGGGGGCGGGGGCGACGUUUGGGGCAGAUCUUGUGAACGAUGCUAUGAGGAAGUUUUAG